CAAGCUCAGGUCGAGCAGCCCAGGAUCGAGCAGCCUGGGAUCGAGCAGCCCUGGGUCGAACCGAAUGCCGAGCGCGAACAACAGGCACAGUCCAAUGAGCGGCCGAAUAGGAGGGCGGAAGAGGAGGCAUCCUCCAUCAGGACUGUUAACCCGCAAGCACGGGAUGAGACAUUGGAGCAGUUGUUGGCCCAAGUUCGCGACUUACAAGCCCGAGUCGAAGGGUGGAAAACUGGUGUUUCAAGGGGACAUCCAUUCUCGCAGCACAUCCUCGACGCCGACCUGCCUCAAGGUUUCUGUGACCUAAACAUAAGCUACGAUGGGUCGACUGAUCCGUCUCGACAUAUGAGGAGUUUCAAGAACAUGACAGUGCUCCAUCGAUAUAACGAUUCAGUGCAGUGCCGAGCCUUUCUGAUGACCUUGAGGGGCUCUGCCCAGGAUUGGUUCCAUCAACUGCCUCCAGGGGCCAUCAAAUAUUUCGAUGGAUUUAACUCGAGUUUUCUCAAUCAAUUCGCAAGUGUUAGGCCACAGGAGAAGAAGAACUCCUCGACUGGGGAGAUAAAGGGGUCCCCGCAAGCUGAAAGAGAAGGACGUCCUAGGGGUUGCAGGCCUACCCAGUACACCCCUUUGGCAGCUCCCCAAGCCAGGAUUCUCGAGGUCAUGGAAAGGGAGAUUCGUGACGACGUGGUGAGAUGGCCCAGGACAAGAAAUGAUAGACCGACAAAACCUAAGAGCAACUUAUACAGUCGAUUCCACAAAGAUUAUGGGCAUAAUACCGACGAUUGCAGACACCUCAAGGAUGAGAUCGAGAGGUUGAUAAAAGCGGGCCACUUAAAAGAGGUCAUAUAUAAGGAUCGCGAGAGGACGGGCCAAAAAAGAGAAAGAAGCAGGAGCCCUCGUAAAAGGACGAGAUCACCUGAGAAAGAGCUUCCCCCGAAAAGGGGAGUAAUUCAUAUAAUUUUCAGUGGGCUAACUAAUGGAGACUCAAAUCGAGCAAGAAAAGCAUAUGCCCGAGGGAAACACGCUAAGGUCGAGGUGCAGCAAGUCGAUGAGGGAGGCCUAGUGAUGAAUUUUGGGCCAGCAGAUGUGGGAGAGGUCGAAAGGCCUCACAAUGAUGCCUUGAUGAUAACCGCCCAAGUAUCAGAAUAUGAAGUACAAAGAAUCUUUGUCGACACAGGGAGUUCGGUAAAUGUGAUCUUCUAUGACUGUCUCAAGCGGAUGGAGCUCGACAUCGAGCUCGUGCUUCUACACACACCACUCUUUGGGUUCAAUGGAUCAGAAGUCGCACCCCUAGGAGAAACCACACUCACUGUC